AUGAGUUCCAAAACAGGGCCUCCAGAUUGGCGCGACCAGCAAGCUCACCUCGAUCAUUGCUCGCCGCGCUUUUUGCAGUUUCGGCGGUCGUAUUUCUUGCUUAUCUGUGCAUCGGGUGGCGAAGAAAAUUACGACUCAGAAAGCACAUGCAGCGCAGACUCACCUGCAGAGGCCUCCCCAGAAGGCCAAUCUGUUAUGCUCGUUCAGCUGGGUUCUGCUGCUGGAGAUAGUGAGGGUGGAGAUAUGCAAACGCAGCAAGGAAGUACGUUGCCUACGGAUCCAAUAGACACAGCCUCUGUAUCUUCUGGACUAGUUGUAUCGAGAGCAGCAAAUCCGCAACUGGAGACACAACGGAGGCGAACAGGUGCUAACAGGAAGCGAAAAGGGCAGCCCAUCGUGGAGAAGGAGGCUAAACAGUCUACACGUGGCACACCGUUUGCGGAGACUCCCCUGCAGCCUCCGCCUCCCCCUCUCGACACUGGUCUGGUUUCAGUCAGUGACUCCGUCUUGCUUGGAGAUGAAGGCCCCUUGCUCCAAGACGUUUGGCUCUUUGAUGCAGUUGGCUCGAGGCUCCCGAGAUGGGGAGGUGACUCUGCGACACCUUUUGUGCAGACUCCCCUGCAGCCUCCGCCUCCCCUUUUCGAUCCUGAGCUCGAUUCACCUGUUCAUUCUCCGGUCUUUGAAGAUAUAGACGUAUUGAGCGGAGAUGCUUGGCUUCUUGAUGAUGAACUACUGCACUCCACACCGGAUUCUUCCACUGCAUCGAUGCCCCCGGCAUUGGGAGGUAGUUCUGUGGGGCCCGGCGCUGGACCAGCCCACGGGAACGCUGAUUAUGUGCUGCCCUCAACGACGUCUGGAUUGCAAGAACCUAGUGAAGAUAGAGGCAACGAAUGGCCCCUAUCUGCUGGCGGUUCAGGCUACCAAAUGCAACAGGGACUACCUGCCGGAGCUGGAACUCUGCACAGUGGGCCUUCUCACGGGGCAACACCAGCGACAAGGGGAUCUCCUCAAGCACACACAGCAGAAGCGCCGGCUGCUUCCAAAGAGGGAAAAGCCACCAGCUCUAAAGCAACACCUGCAGGCUCCUUGCCGUCUUCGUCCACGGCAUCUUCUGCCUUGCGUGACCCUUCCUCAGGAGUCACGCCGUUUCAAGGAGUUGGAUCAGCUGAACAGUCACCAUCUAUGGCAAACCUAUUAUCUGAUACAUCCGCCACUCCCUACUUCAGCUGGCUCGAAGGUGUGUAUCCAGGGCUUCCUGACAGCAUCCUGGUGACGCAUCCGUUUUACCGUUACCCGGACUCUAAGCCGCCACCCAGCACCAGAUGCUUUAGUGCAUCCAUAGCAGUGACGAAUUCCCCACUUCAGAGGAGCCCAUACCCACUGCUUUUUCAGUGCAGGAAAAUAAUGAAGAAGUCGUCGCUGUCCGCGGAGGACUUCGAAAACCUUCUUUUCCACGCAGAACGCCUCUGUGGAUAUGCAAUCGGGAAAAUGUCACUAAGCUACCGAGGCAAUCAAGCGAUGUGCGCCAGAGAAACUCUCGGAGUGGUUUUUCUUGUCAUCGAUACUCUGUACUGUGCAGCAAAAAUAUUGGGGGAACGCUCGAUGAAGGAGCUUUGGUGGCCUUGGAUAAUUCGUCGCAUAGAAGGUGUAAGGUACACUCCCAGCGCAGUGAUACUGUCGCUUAGCAAGUGCUUGAGGAACUUAGACGUCGCACGCACGCUGUCUGCAGCGCUAGAAUACUACAGAAGAGGCGAGCGUCCUCCGCCUCGCAUGGUGAUCGGCUUGAAGGAAGCGCUAUUCUGUGAACAGUGCCCUUCGUCGAAGUUCAAUCAAGAAAAGUGGGACUUAUGGAGGGAAGACGUGAGGGGCUGGCGCCGACACAUACAGCUGAUGUUGGCCGAAAUAGUUGGAACAACGCGUUCCGCAACACAUGACAUUCCGCCCCGUCUCUGCACUGGCCCCAGCGUUGUGCGCGUGUAUGGCGAGGACGCCUGCAGAUUGGGGGGGAGGUCAUCUGCUUUAUGGCAACUCUUCUCUUUUUCCACUGGAAAAAGCAUAGCUGAUUUGCCGCUUAACCGCAAACUGGCAGACCGCUGGGGUGGUGAAGAAUGCGAGGUCUCCCAAGACUCGCAAGUCCGGCUUGAAACGGUGGUUGAGGAGACCCCUCUCCAGCCUCCGCCUCCCCCUCUCGAUCCUGGUCUCGAUUCACUUAUUGAUUCCGUGUUGUCUGGAGCCACCAGUCCCUUUUCCGAAGACUUCUGGCUUGCCGAUGAAACGCAGCUGCACCCCACCGCUGGUUCCUGUAUUAGAUCGAAGUCCUCGAGAUCAGGAAGCGAGUCUGCGUCACCUGUUGCGGAGUCCACACACGAGGCUCCGCCUCCCCCGCUCGAUCCUGGUCUCGAUUCACUUAUUGAUUCCGUGUUGUCUGGAGCCGAGGAUCCCUUGCCUGAAUAUUUUUUUCUCGACGAUGAACUGCAGCAACACCCCUCCGUGGAUUAUUUCAUUGGCUUGCGGCCCGCGGUGUUGGAAGAUGCCUCGGAGACACCGAUCGUGCCGGUUCCGCAGCGCUCUCCACCCGCUCCCGAUCCUAAUGUCGAUACACAUGCUGAUUCCGUGUCGUCUAGAGUCGAAUAUCUCUCUUCCGAAGACGUUUGGAUUCCCAAUGGGGAGCCACUGCGCCCCACACCGGGUUCCUCCAGCGUUUCGAUGUCCCCUGCAUUAGCAGGCGACUCUGAACUAUCGGGUCCUAAGAGAGUCAUAGAAGGGAGGAACCUCGGAAAACCGUCACUUGCUGACACGUCAGGCCACCAAAUACAGCGACGACCACCUGUCGGUGCUGAAUCCGCGUACAGUGGGCCCUCCCCCGAUGCAGCAGAGGUGACAAUGGGCCCUCCUCAAGCACUCACACCACGACCGCUCGCAUUUCCGAAAGAGCGAAUGGCCACCAGCUCUAAAGAGUCAGUUGACGAGUCCUUGCCGUCUUCGUCGAGGGACUCUCCUGGCUCGUGGCAGCUACCUUUGCGCGUCAAGCUGCUUCAAUACAGUGGAUCAGUUGUGCAGUCGGCACGUGUGGAAGAGCUACCUACUGAUGCAACCGUCAUUUCCCACUUCAAGUGGCUCGGAGAUUUGUUUCCAGGAAUUCCUCUUGAGGUCUUCCACCGUCGAAAGUGUUGUUGA